CAUGUCGGUCAGGCUUCUACAAGGCCUCAGCUAUGGAUGCGUACUGUGUCAAGUGUCCUCCACACAGCUACUCUCACCAGGACAAGGCCUCUGAGUGUGUAUGUGAACGAGGUUUCUAUCGAGCAGAAUCAGACCCUCGCUCUAUGGCCUGCACAAGACCACCUUCAGCACCAGGUAACCCGAUUUCGAUGGUGAACGAGACAGCGGUGACUCUGGAAUGGAGUCCUCCCCGAGACAGUGGUGGACGUGGAGAUGUCAGCUAUAGUGUCCACUGCAGAAAGUGCUCUGGCGAAACAGGGGCGUCAGAGAGGUGUGUUCCCUGUGGCAGCGGCGCACACUUCAACCCCAGACAGUUCGGCUUGACGCACCCCAGAGUUCUGGUCACUGAACUGCAGCCACACACCAAUUACACCUUCAGCGUUGAAGCCCUGAAUGGAGUCUCAGAUCUGAGCCCCAGUCCACGUCAGCUGGUGUCUGUCAACGUCACCACCAGUCAGACAGUGAGCGUCAUCUUAAAGGAAAGGAAGGGCACUGAUAGUGUGACGCUGGCAUGGCAGGGUCCAGAACCUGUUGACGGGACCGUGGUGGAAUAUGAAGUCACCUAUUAUGAAAAGAACCAGCAGGAUCAGAACUACACUGUCCUCAAGACAAAAUCCAACAGCAUGACGGUGGACGGGCUUAAACCGGGAACUACAUACAUCUUCCGGGUUCGAGCACGUACUGAUGGAGGAUAUGGGAACUAUAAGGGAGAGAUUGAGUUGGAGACGAGCCACGAGGACAUGCUGGCAGUCGGAGAUCCAAACCAGCAAACCAUACUGGCUAUUUCAGUGGCCGGCGGUGCAGUUCUCCUGGUCCUGCUUGUGGCCUGCUUCAUUGUUAGUGGACGGCGCUGUGGAUAUAUUAAAGCAAAGCAAGACCCUGAGGAGGAGAAAAUGCAGUUUCAGCAUGGACGAGUCAAACUUCCUGAAACCCGUACGUACAUUCACCCCCAUACAUAUGAAGACCCGAACCAGGCAGUGCGAGACUUCGCCAAAGAGAUUGAAGUCUCCAACAUUCGGAUUGAAAGAGUCAUUGGGGCUGGUGAGUUCGGCGAGGUCUGCAGUGGCCGUCUGCGUCUGCCCAGUAAAAGAGAGAUCCAGGUGGCCAUCAAGAGUCUGAAAGCUGGAUAUUCAGAACACCAGAGACGCGACUUUCUGAGCGAGGCCAGCAUUAUGGGCCAGUUCGACCACCCUAACAUCAUUCGACUGGAAGGAGUUGUCACCAGAUGUAAGCCUGUGAUGAUAGUGACAGAGUACAUGGAAAAUGGAUCUCUGGACACUUUUUUGAAGAAACACGACGGGCAGUUCACAGUGAUCCAGCUGUUGGGAAUGCUGAGAGGGAUCGCCGCCGGGAUGCAGUACCUCUCCGAGAUGAACUACGUGCAUCGGGAUUUGGCAGCACGGAAUAUUCUGGUAAACGGAAACCUGGUGUGUAAAGUGUCUGACUUCGGGCUGUCGCGCGUGCUGGAGGACGAUCCUGAAGCGGCAUACACUACACGGGGUGGAAAGAUUCCCAUUCGCUGGACGGCUCCAGAGGCCAUCACCUACAGGAAGUUUACCUCAGCCAGUGAUGUAUGGAGUUACGGCAUUGUCAUGUGGGAGGUGAUAUCCUAUGGGGAGCGACCGUACUGGGAAAUGUCCAAUCAGGAUGUGAUAAAAGCUGUAGAUGAAGGCUACAGGCUUCCGGCCCCGAUGGAUUGUCCGGUGGUGCUUCACCAGCUCAUGCUUGACUGCUGGGAAAAGAACCGCAGCGAUCGGCCCAAAUUCGGGCAGAUUGUCAACACUCUGGACAGGCUGAUCCGAAAUCCCAGCAGCCUGAAGCAGCUGGCCAACAGUGCGGUCUGGGAGGAUCCAGUGACUCCUGAGGCGGCGGUCAACACAGUUGAAGACUGGCUGGACUUGAUUAAAAUGGGUCAGUACAAAGAACACUUCUCCAGCGCCGGCUACGUUACCCUGGACUCAGUUCUGUAUGUCAGCAGCAGUGAAUUGGACAAGAUGGGUGUUGAGCUGGCAGGACAUCAGAAGAAGAUCCUGUCCAGCAUCCAGUGUCUUCAGGCACAUCACGGGACUCAAGUUCAGGUAUAGCGGCUCACCUCACUGCUCUCGACCCGCUUCCACAGAGAAGACCGGAAGUCAUCGAUCUUGCCAAACGGAAGCGUCUUGCUGCAAAACGACUCUUGUCUUAUCUCUCUACCAGCACUGAAGUUCAUCAGCCCUACAGGAGAACGGGCCGGUACCUUCCCCUUUUUUUGUGUGUUCAGCAGCCAGAUGCUUAUAGACUUGAGAAAAAAAAAGUGGAUCCAAGGACAAGAACCGACAUCGGUGCACUGUGAACAUCAUGCUCCAGUCCUCAGUGUACAGAAGAAGAAAAAAACCUUGAGAAGAAACACCGAUUGUGUCUUGUGAAUCUCUGAACCGUUUUUUUGCAAGCGAUACUUGUGUGAUUUUCUUCAAUCAGACGUGGCGAGGAUGAGGAAACGUUCAGCGAGAUGUCCUUGCGAGCUUGUGUGUGUGUGUGGGAAUAGUUUCGAAAGGUUCUCUAAACGCCUUUACAAAGCAAUGAAGCACUGAUCUCUCUUUCACGUACGCUUUCUAAAAAAAAAAGGGGUCGAUCCUUGACCCUGAAUGCCAUUGCUCUUAUCAAGCCCUCGCCAGCAUCUUUGGAAAAAUCACCUUCGAGAGUUUGAGAGAAUCUCACUCGUCACAAGUUUUGACAUUGGACGCGCAGCAACUGAGAAGCGAGAGAGACGUUUAAGGAAUGAGAAGUAAUUGUUGCUUUGCAAAGCGAGACAGGACAGCGUGACGAUGUCAUUUAGAGGGCAGAUGUCAUCCUUUCUUCAAACUGGCAGCAACUUCCUCUCUUUGUCAAGCCGCUCCAUUUGAUGUGGCUUUCCUCUAAUUUUCAUUGCAUAUUUGAAGUGGUUCGCCUCAUUACAUACAUUUCAUCGCAAACGUGAGCCUUCUUUUUUUUGGAAAUAGACGUGUUGAGCAUUUAAUGAGGAAGAAUUCAUCCGUAAACCGUCCCGUGUUGAUGGAGCUGGACUGCUGAACCAGUGUAUGUGUUGGAUCCCCUUCAGAGAAAAGGUCUGAUGGUUCAGUGUGGCUUCAUGAGUAGUUGUAUGUACUUUACAUAAGGUGUGGUUCUACCAAACGUACGCUGAAACGUACAUUACUUCAAAUUAAAAAUGAGUUCCUAAAUUAUGAGUUGAUUAGCAUUUCUGUAAUUGUUUACAAUAUUGUUUACUAUAAAAGACUGUGACUGCAACACAUGGACUACUUUUGUUUUGGCUUUUUUGCAGUUGAGUUGUCUGUCCAUCCUGAUCUCACGAGGAAACAUAACUAUUUCACGUCUUGUUAGUUUAGUGGUACGAAAGGGAGUUUAGUUGUACGAAAAUGUCUGAUUUUUAAAAAGGAAGUGUCACACCAAACGUCAAAUAAAGCCAAACGUCAUUGGGGGAUAAACAAAUCAUACUAAAUUGUACAAAUGAGAUUAUACGAAUUCAUACGCCACUAAAUUAAAAAGUUUCAAAUUGCCGUGA